GAGAGUAAUCAGAAGAUUCAACUGCUAAAGCAGGCCUUGAAGCGAUAUGAAGAUCUUCACGUUGACAUUGAACCGACAGACUCCCCGGACGGUAUGUUCUUUACACACCGGUGACCGCCGCGUAGGAGCUAACAGCUUGUGUUCUAGAUGAGAGUUUGAACACACCAAACAUGCGCAAGCCACUUACUGGUCUUCUGACGUUGCGUAUCCAGGCGGUUACUGAUGUAGAUCAUGCCGCCAGCUCGAGGUUCUCUCGGGGCCCCGAGACUUUCGUCAUCAUCAAAGUUGAAGACACUAUCAAAGCCCGUACAAAAGCGACGCGGACCGAUAGGUGGCAAGAUGAGACCUUUACUGUUGACAUUGAUAAGGCAAACGAAAUUGAACUUACCGUGUACGACAAGUCGGGUGACAGGCCCACUCCGAUUGGCAUGCUUUGGGUGCGCAUCUCCGAUAUCGCCGAGGAGAUGCGUCGCAAGAAGCUCGAAAGCGAGCUCAAUGCAUCAGGUUGGGUUUCUGCGGAUAAGAUGGAACACGGAGGUUCGUCGGGGCGGCCUGACACCGCUGGACAACCAGGAUCUCCGCAUGCCCCGGGCUCCGCGGGGCAUCUUGGCCCCCCUGCUCAGGGUUAUGCAGGUGCUCCGGGUGGAGCGCCCUCUUCUAACUCAGUGAUGAUCGAGUCUUGGUUCGCAUUAGAGCCCGUGGGGCGGAUCCAUCUGUCGAUGAGCUUUGCCAAACAAUUGAAGGAUCGACGACCGUUCGAUAUUGGUCUUAACCGACAGGGUGCCGUUCGUCAAAAGAAGGAAGAGGUCCACGAAAAGCAGGGACACAAGUUCGUCACUCAACAAUUUUACAAUAUCAUGCGUUGUGCUCUCUGUGGUGAUUUCCUGAAAUAUGCUGCCGGCAUGCAAUGCGCCGACUGCAAGUAUACGUGUCACCGCAAGUGUUACCCGAAGGUCGUUACCAAGUGUAUCAGCAAAGCAAACUACGAGACAGAUCCAGACGAGGAGAAAAUCAAUCACCGUAUUCCUCAUCGGUUCGAGGGCUUCUCCAACCUCUCUGCCAACUGGUGCUGUCACUGCGGGUACUUGCUCCCAUUUGGACGUAAAAGUGCCAAGCGAUGUUCAGAAUGUGGCCUCACUUGCCAUGCCAAUUGUACUCAUCUUGUACCUGACUUCUGUGGCAUGUCUAUGGAAGCUGCGAACCAGAUCUUAGAAACGUUGAUCCGUGCUAAGAAUCACAAUAAAUCCGCUUCUGUUAGUUCUGGUCUCAGUGGCCGCACCCUGCGGCCAGGUGGCCCGCCUCAAACCCCUCAGGAUCCUGCUCUUGCAUAUCCGCAAAAACCCGUGGAGAGCCCAUAUGGGCUACCUCAAAGAGAGCCUUCUGCCGAAGCCGUGAGCGCUGCAACUAACUCGUAUAUACCACCACAGUCUCCAACGGCCGCACAGCGACAGCAAAUGCCGCCAAGAACGUCAUCUGCAGGUCCUGCCGCUGCUGCUGCCGCUGCCGCCACAGGCAUGCGCACGCCCCAACAGAUGCCUAGUCCGGUGCAAACACAGCCACCUUCCCACGCCCAUUAUGAUCCUGCCGCGUAUGUGUCCUACCAGCAAAGCAUGGCGCCCCCGCCGCAACAGCCGAUGCCGCAGAAGGUCGCGUCGCCUUACGGUGUACCUCCACAACAGCAGUCUGUGCCAGUAAUGCAACAGCAGGUUGCUGUAAAAGAAGAUGCUCCACCUCAGCAACCCAAGGUCAGGAUUGGCUUGGAUCACUUCAAUUUCCUGGCUGUCCUUGGUAAAGGUAACUUCGGAAAGGUCAUGCUGGCCGAAACCAAGAGCACCAAGAAGCUUUAUGCUAUUAAGGUGUUGAAGAAGGAGUUCAUCAUUGAGAACGAUGAAGUGGAGAGUACCAAAUCUGAGAAGCGUGUCUUCUUGGUUGCUAACAAAGAACGCCAUCCAUUCCUUCUCAAUCUCCACGCCUGCUUCCAGACAGAGACUCGUGUGUAUUUUGUCAUGGAAUAUAUCAGUGGCGGUGAUCUAAUGUUGCACAUUCAACGCGGCCAGUUUGGUUUGAAACGAGCACAAUUGCAGACUACGGUCUUUGCAAGGAAAAUAUGUGGUAUGGCGCCACCACAAGCACAUUCUGCGGAACUCCCGAAUUUAUGGCACCUGAGAUUAUUUUGGAUAAGAAAUACGGUCGAGCAGUUGAUUGGUGGGCAUUUGGUGUGCUGAUUUAUCAGAUGCUUCUGCAACAAUCUCCCUUCCGUGGUGAAGAUGAGGAUGAAAUCUAUGAUGCCAUUCUUGCCGA